AUGGCAGCGGCUGUAGGCAGAACUUCCAUAACUAAAACAACCUUCUACCUACAAAUUUUCGAAAGUUCAAUUAAAUCAAGGUCACUGGCGAAUGCCAAGACAAUUCAUCAGCAUUUCCUCAAGCAAAAUCUCAAUUACAGCUCCAUUAUACUCGACAAACUCACCCGCGUCUACAUUUCGUUUCACCAACUUCAUCUUGCUCACAGAGUGUUCGAUAAAAUUCCUUACCCAGAAAGAAAAAAUAACGUCUUGUUAUGGAACCAAUUGAUGAGAGCGUAUGCUUGGGAAGGACCCUUCGACCAUGCCAUCAAUCUGUAUCUUGAAAUGACACAAUCCGGGGUCACACCCAAUAAAUACACUUACCCAUUUGCUUUGAAAGCAUGUUCCGCUAUACAGGAUAUAGAACUUGGUAAAAUGAUCCAUGAUCGCGUGAAAAAUGAGUUUCUUGACGACGAUGUUUAUGUUUGCACCGCGUUGGUUGAUUUUUACGCAAAAUGCGGGUUAUUAGAUGACGCACGGAAGGUGUUUGAUAAAAUGUCUAACAGAGAUGUGGUGGCGUGGAAUGCAAUGAUUGCAGGAAGUUCUCUUCAUGGAAUGUACCACAAAACAAUGAAAUUGAUUGAGGAAAUGCAGGAUGCGGGAUUAAGACCUAAUUCAUCCACCAUUGUCGCCAUUCUUCCAGCUAUUGGGGAAGCUAGUGAGUUGAUGCAAGGAAAAGCAAUACAUGGGUUUUCUAUAAGGAAUAGAUUCAAUAACAAUGUAGUUGUUGGAACUGGUUUACUAGACAUGUAUGCCAAAUGUAAACACCUUGAUUACACAAGAAGAGUUUUUGACACAAUCAAUGUAAAAAAUGAGGUAACUUGGAGUUCUAUGAUAACAGCAUGUGUUGCAAAAGAUUCAUCCAUGGAGGCAUUGAAGCUUUUCAACAAAGCAAUAGUCAACAACAAUGGCAACAUAUCUCCAGUUACACUAUCCACCAUUCUUCGUGCUUGUGCUAAUCUUACCAACAUUAAAACAGGAAGGUGUAUACAUGGUUAUUCAAUCAAAUUAGGUUUCAUUUCUCAUUUAACAAUCAGUAACACCUUUCUUUCACUCUACUCAAAAUGUGGGAUUUUACAAGACACAAUGAGAUUCUUCAAUGAAAUGGAAUUCAAAGACACGGUUUCCUUCAAUUCAAUCAUCUCUGGUUGUGUCCAAAAUGGUGAUGCUGGAAUCGCAUUUAACAUGUUUGAAAAUAUGAAGAAAUUAAGAAUCAACCCUGAUAUGGAAACCAUGAUUGGAUUCUUUCCUACAUGUUCUCAUUUAGCAGCUUUACAACAUGGAGAAUGUGGACAUGGAUAUGCAAUAACACAAGGGUUUACAAAAUCAACUAAAGUUUGUAAUGCUAUUAUCGAUAUGUAUUCAAAAUGUGGGAAAAUAAAUCUAGGAAGACUAGUUUUUGAUCAAAUGAAUACACGCGAUGUAAUCUCAUGGAAUGCUAUGAUUUUUGGUUAUGGUAUACAUGGUUUAGGGUUUGAAGCAGUUAAAUUAUUUGAAAAUAUGUUAAGAGAUGGUUUUAAUCCAGAUGGGGUUACUUUUAUUUGUGUUUUAUCGGCUUGUAGUCAUUCAAAACUUAUUGAAAAAGGUAAAGAUUUAUAUUAUUCCAUGAAUGAAAAGUUUCAAAUAUCACCAAAAAUCGAACAUUGUUUAUGUAUGGUUGAUCUUUUGGGGAGAGCAGGACUUUUAAGUGAGGCUCAUGAGUUCAUUCUUGAAAUGCCAUUAACACCCGAUGUGAGAAUCUGGAGUGCACUUCUUGGUGCUUGUAGAAUCCAUAAAGAUUUCAAUUUAGGUGAAGAAAUUUCAAGAAAGAUUCAAAUUCUUGGACAUGAAAGUAGUGGAAACUUUGUGAUUUUAUCUAAUAUUUAUAGCACAGCAAAAAGAUUCGAUGAUGCAGCACGUACACGUGUCAUACAGAAAGAGAAAGGGUUGAAGAAAAGCCCGGGGUGUAGUUGGAUUGAAAUAGAUGGAAAUGUUCAUAUGUUUGUUGGUGGAGAUAAGUCACAUCCAUGGUGGGUUUUAAUCAAUAGAAGGUUAGAUGAAUUGCUAGUGGGGAUGAAGGAAUUAGGGUAUGAUGGAGAUUAUGGUUUUGUUCUUCAAGAUGUUGAAGAAGAGGAAAAAGGGCAUAUUCUUUUGUAUCAUAGUGAGAAGUUGGCAGUUGCUUUUGGUGAUGUUAGUUUGAGGUUAGGAAAAAGUAUUUUUGUGACUAAGAAUUUGCGGGUGUGUGUUGAUUGUCAUACGGCUUUGAAGUAUAUGAGUAUGAUAAUGAAGAGAGAAAUAACGGUUAGGGAUACGAUUCGUUUUCAUCAUUUUAAGGAUGGAAGUUGUAAUUGUGGAGAUUUUUGGUAG